UGGCAAAUAGUACAUGUUCUAGCUCAGGUUCAAUGGAUUCAAACCAGAAGCCAAUAAAAGAAAAGAGUGUGAAACAAUUGACAUUUGAAGCUAAGGAAGUCAAUGACAAUGAGGAGCACGAUUUGGGAACUUCACACUUAGAAACAAAGAGAAUGGAUGCUCGUUGGUACCGGUCUCUGUUUCGAAAACCAAAAAAUGGUAAGGUUGAGGUGCCUCAAAGGGUUCAACCUGAUAUCUUUAGAAACGAGACAGCACAAAUGCCAGAGUCAAGGAAUCCAUUACUGGAUGAAGAUUUAGUUAGGAACGAUGUUGGGCAUGAUGGAGAAAAAUCGACUCAUUCUAAGAGAAAUGGAAUCAUGUUGGACACGGGUUCAGAUCUUUCUACCACAUUGGCUGAUGAUGAUGAUUGCAACCUCAUCCCUUCAAGGUUGCGUGACAAUAUUGUAGGGACUGGUGGGUCAUGUUCCAAACGGAGAAGGUUGGAUUGUGAUCCUGUGGUCUCAUCUAACCCUUCUACAACUGAGCUUCAGGAUGGAGUUGAUACUGAUGCAAGUGUGUUGCAAAAGGAAUAUCCUGUAAAUUCACCAAAAGAAGUCACAAAGCACACAUGUCUAAUUUGCAAGAGUGGUGGACAGCUACUGUUUUGUGGUGGAAAAGGAUGCAGCGGGUGCUACCAUUCUUCUUGUCUUGAGCCACCCCUGGUCGAUGCCUCCAUUGGAGUUUGGUAUUGCCAUUUCUGUGUGAGGAAGAAGAUUGAACUUGGUGUAUAUUCUGUAUCGGAGGGAGUAGAAUCAAUUUGGGAUGUCAAAGAAGUUUUGACAUCAAAUUUUGAUGGGUCUACUCUUGCUCAGAAAGAAUAUCUAGUGAAAUAUAAAGGCAUUGCUCAUGUUCAUAAUCGAUGGAUACCGGAAAAUCAGUUACUUCGUGAAGCUCCUUCACUUCUUAAAAACUUUAAUAUGAAAAAUCAGGACCAAAGGUUGAAGCUAGAAUGGAGUCUACCUCAUCGUCUGCUGCAGAAGAGAGCAAUAAUCCAUUCCACACAGCAAGAUGAUCACAACAUUAAUGAUGGAGUUCAAAACUUAAACUGUUGCUACGAAUGGCUUGUGAAAUGGCGUGGUCUUGGUUAUGAGCAUGCUACAUGGGAGUUGGACAAUGAGUUGUUUCUUCGUUCACCUGAAGGUCAGAGGUUAAUCAGAGGCUAUGAAGAAUGUUUCCAGAGAGAAAAGAGAGCAGCUUCUUGCUCCAGAGUAGAUAAUGUGCCACAGAUUGAUCAACUCAAGGAGCGGCCGUCAAGUCAUCUUGCAUAUAAAUGCAAGUCGGACUCUUUCAAGUUUAUUGAGUAUUGGGUUCCUGUCCAGAUAUCUCAUGUGCAGCUUGAGCAGUAUUGUGCUACUUUACAUUCAAAUGCUUCAAUUCUGCGUUCAUCAGCAAAGACGGAUAUCGAUGCCCUUCGUGACAUCAUUAUUACGGCCCGAAAGUGUUGUAUUCAUCCUUCUAUUGUUGAUCAAACACUGAAAAGUCGACUUACUGUUGGCCUUGAUGAGGCUGAAUUCAUCGAUGUUGAUAUAAAAGCAAGUGGCAAGCUGCAACUACUUGAUUCGAUGCUCAUGGAGUUGAAGGCUAAAAGCUUAAGGGGUCUGAUUCUUUUUAAGUCUAUUGGUGGUUCUGGGAGGGUUUCUGCAGGAGAUUUUUUGGAUGACUUGUUACGGAUAAGAUUUGGUCCAAACUCGUAUGAACGGGUUGACAAAGGUCUUUUAGUGUCCAAGCAGAAAGAUGCCAUGAGGAAAUUUAACAACAAGGAUGAUGGACGGUUUGUUUUUCUGUUAGAUGCAUGUGCCUGCCGUCCAGGCAUCAGAUUAUCAUCACUGGAUACCAUUAUUAUAUUUGACAGUGAUUGGAACCCAACUAAUGAUAUAAGAUCCCUUCAGAAGAUAACAAUUGAUUCACAGCCCCAAGUGAUAAAAAUAUUCCGCUUAUAUUCAGCCUUCACUGUGGAAGAAAAUGCCUUGAUCCUUUCAAAGCAAGAUAGGAUACUUGACAGCAAUUUACUGAACAUAAGCAGGACUACCUGCCAAAUGCUGUUGAUGUGGGGAGCUGCUUCCCUAUUUGAUGAUUUGAAAAUUUUCCAUCACAGUGAAACUUCUGUUUUGGGUCAGAAAUCUUCAUCUGGGCAACAACAUCUGACAGAAACAGUCCGUGAAUUAUCAUCAGUACUAUCUCAGGACGCUGAAACAAGAAACUGUUCAGUUUUAUUAAAAGUCAGGCAAAAUGGGUCAACAUACCAGGCAGAUUUUCCUUUGCCUGGUGAGAUGAAAAAUAAGAUACUGGAGGAAGAGCUUCCCCAUAUUUUUUGGACAAAACUUUUUGAGGGGAAACAGUUUAAGUGGAAGUACUCUUGUAGUUCAUCUCAGCGGAGCCGAAAGAGAGUAGAUCUUUUUGAUGGUAGUGGAGGUAUAGCGAAAAAGCGCCGGAAAGUGAGAAACAAUCUUGUGGACCAGCCUUCUUCAAAAUCUGAAGGUUCAAAGUUAUCUACUGGGAUCAAGACAGAUAGACUUGGAUUUGAUGAUGUCGAAUAUGAGGAAACAACUAGACUGCGUGAUGAGCAGAGGAGCUUAUAUCUUUCUUUGAAGCCAGAGAUCAAAAAGCUUUGUGGCGUUCUUCUUCUCCCUGUAUGGACAGUGCUUUUCUUUGUUGUUGUUUUACUUGUUUUUUGUUCUCUGCUGGUCCCUUUACUGCAUUUAGUUUAUAGCACUGAUACAUUUGUUGUGGUAUUGUGUAUAUUUCAGAUUUGGACUGUUGCUCCAUUGCUAAAGCACAAAGUUGACCACAGGGAUUCUCUUUUACUUGCAAAACAGCAUUUGGAUUUUGUCUGUAGGAAAGAAGAGGUGGAUUAUAUCUACUCAGUUUUACGCUGUCUGAAGGGACUUUUUUUACAUCGGAUGGGAAAUUCAAAGGAUACUGGUUCUCCAAAAUCUCCUGAGUCAUCAAGGAAGGUUUAUUCCAGUAAAGAAGUAGGGCAGGAGGCUGACUUGUUUAAAAAUGAUGUGUUCAGAAGUAUUAGGGAAAUACGGAAGAAGUGCCAAGAGCAGUUGAAGAAACUUAAACGGAUGCAACAAGAAGAGAAGCAAAGAUUAGAAACAGCUUUUGAGGAUGAAAAGGCUGAAUUUGAGAAAAAGUACAAAAUAGAGUCAUUGGUUAUUCGGACCUGCUCUCCAAAUGAUGUGAUGAAGACAGAGAAGCUCAAAGUCUUGAACACUGAAUUUGGUUCAAAAAUUGAAGAACUAAAAUGUGAGCAUGAAACACGUCUAAAGGCUCUUGAGGACACACAUAUGGCUGCUAGGCAGAACUUCAAACAUAGAGAAGACGCAUGGGCACAAGAUGUAGAGGAUUGGGCAAAAAGUGAAUUGUCAAACAUAGAUGCUUCAAAGGAACUUGGUACGGCAGUUGAAUACACGCAGCUGUCUGAUCAGGAAAAUGCUCACAAGGGUUCAGAGAGUAUGCCCCUUGUGUCUGAUCAUUUGACUGACGAGAAGGGUCAUGAUAAUAACACAAAUGAGGCCAUGCCUAAUGAUGUUCAGGAUGAAGUUCAUUCUUCUACACACAAUAAACUAGAUGGGACUGUUUCAAGCCUGUCUUGUGAGAAUGCCGUGCAAAUCCAUGGAGCUUAUAAUGGUUUGGAUAAUGCUACCACUGAAACUUCACAUUUACCUAAUGAAGGGAUUGCUGAUGAGGCCAUGGCAGGCAUACUGAAUAGAGAUGCACCCAGACAGCCUACCACUGUCACUGCUACUGAUUGUCUGGAAAAUGUUUCAGCUGAUAGUCCUCCUCCAUCUGUGGAGCAAGUAACUGAUGGAGUUGCUUUAAAUGAAAUUUUAGAUAGAUGUGCUACCCCAGAAACUAGCCACGAUCAGGGCAGAGUAAGCAUAUUGGGACGAGAGGUACCUGUGGAAGUGGAAACACAUAGGAUGGUCAAUUUUAGUGAAUGUCCCAUAAAUGCUGCUGCUGUCAAUCAUUUCUCAUCGGUGGAUCAAACAUCUGACAAAGGACCUAUAAAUGACCCAGAUAAUACUGUCUCAUCAUUCAGGUGUUGUCAAGCUGAUGGUCCUGAUAAAAGUUCCCUUUCAAAUCCACCUUUGGUACAACAAGUUACUGAUGUAGUCUCUUUGAAUGAACCUGAUGGAGAUACUCAUGAAGCAGCUGAUUGUCAUAAUGAUACAAGGCCUUCCACAGACACUUCUUCAGUGGAUAAAAGUAGUAUGAUACCAGCCCAGCUGGAAGGAGUGCAGCAAUCACCAUCUCUGGAGGCCCCUCCUGCUCAGGAUACUGCUGGAGAAGUGCAGAAUUCUUCUGAACGAGCUGAGAUAGUACCUAAUCUAGUUGGUGUUGUUCCAGCUAAUCAAUCAAAUUCAUGCAUCCUGGAGCCUUCCGAGAAUGGAGUUGAACAUCAGCCGAACAGAAAUGAUCUCCCCCACCACGAAACAGAGGUUUCAGCUGUGGUUCCUAAUCAGGAUGUUGUGCAGGCUGACUCAAAUUUAGAGCUUGGUUCACACUCGCAAGCAGUUGUGCACUCUGUCCUAAAUUCAGGCCAUGAUUCACUUGGCCCUGUUGGAGUCAGAAGAGAGGCUUCAAGUUCAAGCUUGAGAAAUUUGUCAACUCCUUCAGAAAUCAACAAUCAUCCUAUACAUACUGCAACUCAUUCAGCUUCUAGAAUGCCUCUGCCGUUGAGCGCCGAUCCACUUAAAAAUGAAUUGGAAAGAAUAAAAAAAAUUAUUGAACAACUGACCAAAAACCAUGAAGAAAUGAGAGCUAAACUGAAGUCUGAUUUCGAAAAGGAAUUGGAGGCACUUCGUAGGAAGUAUGAUAUUAAAUUUCAAUUGGUUGAGAAUGAAUUUCAACAAACGAAGAACAAGUUGGAUUCAAGUUACCACACAGUUUUGGUAAAUAAGAUGUUGGCAGAUUUUUUUCGGUCCAAAUGCAUGUAUCGUAAAACAUCUGAUGCAUAUGGAGUGCAGCAAGAUGCAGGUGUUGCCCAGCAGUCGAUUCAGCUUGCAAGACAACAAAGUGCUACUUUUCCUUCCCAGGUUGUUGCUGGUUCAUCUUCCCGGGGACCACGGGGACCACUUUCUGCCAAUCUUCAUAGUCCAUCUGCUUUGGUUAGCUCUCAGAAUUCGCUCCCACCUUCAAAUGUUACGUACAAGACACCAAGUCCUCCUGCAAGACUUCCUCUUAACUGCAAUUCUUCACCCUCAGGGAAUUUUCCGAUUGCCAGUGAGAUGCGAGCCCCGGCACCACAUCUCCAGCCUUUUAGACCCUCGGCACCUAUGCCGGCUCCUAAUCACCCUGCUCUCCUUCAUGGGAUGCCAAAUCAGGCUGCACCUGCGAUUGCUCCCACAUUGUCUUGUGUUCCAGCCCAACCAACUCCACUGACAUAUCAGUCUGAUCCUCAGAUGGCCCACCAGCCGAAUAGCUCUGUUGGAACUGGUGGGUUUUCCACCCUCAACUUACGGACCAUCAGCUUACAUGCGAAUGCCAACACUCAAUCUGCUGUUUGUCUUCCAAGAGUUCAGCCAAGUAUGUCAGAAGUGGUUUCUUUGAACCCACCCAGAAUUGGCACCAGUGUUAGUGUGACUCCUAACUCAUCCAGUCAAGCUGCAUCUCUUGAAUUCGUCUGUUUAUCAGACGAUGAGUGAUGACUAACUCUAGAUGAAAUUUUGCAUACUUGUCCUAACAAUAGGCCACGAAAUAGAUUUUCUAAAGCCCUUUUUUUUAUAGGUGAAAGCUUUUUAAAUCAAUUUAGGAGGGAAGGUAUUGUUGGAUCGAUGGUGGUAUCUGUAUUUGAUUUUUGGGGUUUUGGGUCCAACAUUUGCUAAUUAUUGAUUUUAUGAUGUACAUAUAUGUAAUUAAUCUUACAUGCAAUGAAUAGCUGGAUGUUAAACGAA